AUGGCACCAGCGCUGGCGCCCGUCCUGCAGAGCGUGUGGAAGCUCGCGCUCGUCUUCGGCGCCUGCGUUGGCUUCACCUACAUGAUGUUCAUGCGCCUCCUUGCGAAGGAGCCGCAGCUAGCCUCGGCGCUCAACUGGAGCCUCAGCUUCGAGGACAUGCAGCGAAGCGACGUCAACGACGCGCUGCGCCGAGCCAUGGCCGACGAGUUCUACCUCUCGCUCGCAUGCUUUUCGUGUGUCUACUUUAUCAAGCAAACGUUCGCUAUCCCGGGCUCGGUCGUCUUGAACCUUCUCGCGGGCGUCUUGCUGCCGCUUCACGUGGCCUUUCCGGUCGUCUGCAUUUUGACCAUGUGUGGCGCUAGCUGCUGCUACUUGCUGUCGUCGACGCUCGGGUCGCGUGAGCGCCUCGUCGCCGUCACCGACUACCUCUUGCCUGGGAAGUUGGACGUGCUCCAGGCCAAGAUCACACAGGCCCAAGACGAGAACCGCCUCUUCUUUGUAUUGCUUUUCUUGCGCAUCUUUCCCUUCUCGCCGAAUUGGCUCCUCAACAUUGCCAGUCCGUACUUGUGCAUUCCGAUGCACCUCUUUGCUCCCGCGGCGUUUCUCGGGCUCAUGCCGUACAACUUUGUCACGGUCAAGGCGGGCUCAAUGCUGGCGCAGCUCACGAGCGUGCGCGAUAUUUUCGACACGCAGACGCUCCUCGGGUUCCUCACGCUGGCGUCGGCAAUGCUGAUUCCCGCGAUUGUCAAGAAGCGCGCUGCCACCAAGAAAAACAACUGA